GCGGCCCCCUCCCCUCCCGCCGGACAAUGAGUCCCGUAUGCUAAUGAGGGUCUGGCGUCACUUCCGCUCUUUCUCGGCCGCCAUCUUGGCCCGGGCAGGCUCUGGGCAGCGGGACCCGGCUGUAUUGUCUGAGGGGCCCGGGCGCUGCCCCCGCCCGCGCCCCCGCCCCGGGCACCCGGCCCAGUGACCGCCGCCCCCGCCCCCGGGGCCGCUUCGCACCGCCCGCCCCGCACACUGCACCCCUCCCCGUCAUUUCCCCCCUUUGUCUCCCCCGCGCCGCCGGCGGCUCCGCUCCGCCCGCCCGCCCCGGGACCGGGCGGCGCCGGGGAGGGUCCGGCGCCCCCCCCCCACCCCCGCCCCAGCCCGCCCUCGCUGCGAGGAGAGCCCGGUCAGGUGUGAGGUAACGGAGGCAGAGGAUUCCCACCUGUCAGGGUAGUGUGGACCCACCUUAGCUGGCUGCUGUGCAGCUCAGCCUUGUGUGCCUCAGCAGUGCUCCAUCCUGCAGGGUCUCCUACUCGGGAAAACUUUCACUUCAGGACUCUGCGAACUCAUAAUCACAAGCUGUCAUCCUUCUAGAUGUGCAGUUGCAGAUGUUGGGUAGUAAUCUGAUAUCAGUGGAUGGACAUCCACCAUGGUGAGACAGACCCAGUGUCACAGUUGGGAAUGAAAAGCCUUCACAGGAGAGGAAGACUGAAGAGGAACUUCCUGACUGUCUUGGAAAGUUCAUGCCCUGCAGUGCUAAGCAUCAGCUGCACAAACACAGCACCCAGGAAGCCCUUUGCCUGUUGAAGGUUCCUGAGGCAGAUGGAAGACAGCAGUAGCUGAGGUGGACUAAUGCUGGAAUGUAGGCAGGGAUUGGAGGCCUUGGGAGCCAUGCUUAGACAGAAAGGGAGAGAUUGGGGCAUAGAGAUGCCACAGUGCCUAGGACUCCUCCUGCUGAACCGAAGUUGAUGAGGAAACAGUUAAUUCCUGCUCAGUUUUGCAGAUAUGAGCCUUCCUCUGUGCCCGGGCUUUGGGCUCACCCAGGGGGUGUAACAGAGCCCUGAGGGGGCGUUCUGCAAGGAGAAUUGGCUUUGGAAGCUUGUGCUUGAAACUUGUCCAAUGAGUCUGAGACGCCCAAGCACCAUUCAUUUUGGAGGAAAAAGAUGGAGUAUUGCAUGCUGGGAACAAGUGCUUUCCAUAAGAAACAAAAAGCCCAAGCCUCAAAACACCAACCCCAAGAAGCCUUCCACUCCUCAGGAAUGCUGUCAGCAGAAACUCCAAGUACAGCAGCAGCUCAUGAUGCCCCGUAAAGCUUUUCUUUCCCAGAAAGAAAAGCAGGCUCGUGCCAGGGAAAGGGAUAUGUUAAAAAAGAGGAGGAGGCGACAAGACUAUCUCAAAAGAAGCGUGGAGCCGCAGAAAAAUACAGAAACAAUAAAAUGGCACAGGGAUGAUGAGAAGAGGAGAGAAAAUGAGCAAGUUAAGGACAAAGAUAUCAAGAAGCGGUGGAGACAGGAUGAGAGAGAACGACGAAAGAAUGUGGACGCUAUGAAUUGGCACAGGGAAGAGGAGAAGAGGGAAAAUGAGCGAGAAACUAUGUUCCAACUUCCUGUCAACAACCUUGGCAGUUUAAGAAAGGCCCGGAAAACUGUGAAAAAAAUACUUAGUGACAUUGGUUUGGAAUACUGUAAAGAACAUAUAGAAGAUUUUAAGCAGUUUGAACCUAAUGACUUUUAUUUGAAAAACACUACAUGGGAGGAUGUGGGACUGUGGGACCCAUCGCUUACAAAAAACCAGGACUAUCGGACAAAGCCCUUUUGCUGCAGUGCAUGUCCCUUCUCCUCGAAGUUCUUUUCAGCCUACAAAAGCCACUUCCGGAAUGUUCACAGCGAAGACUUUGAGAACAGGAUCCUGCUCAACUGCCCCUACUGUACCUUCAACGCGGACAAAAAGACUUUGGAAACGCACAUUAAAAUAUUCCAUGCUCCCAAUGCCAAUACACCGAGUGGAGGCAUCAGCACUUUCAAAGAUAAAAACAAACACGAGAGCCUUAAACCCAAGCAGGCUGACAGUGUGGAACAAGCUGUUUAUUACUGUAAGAAGUGCACUUACCGUGACCCGCUCUACGAAAUCGUUCGAAAGCACAUUUACAGGGAACAUUUUCAGCACGUUGCUGCUCCUUACGUAGCCAAGGGAGGCGAAAAGUCCCUCAAUGGUGCGGUUCCGUUGAGCUCCAGUGCCCGAGAGGAGGGGGGUAUCCACUGCAAACGAUGCCUUUUCAUGCCGAAAUCCUACGAAGCUUUAGUCCAGCACGUGAUCGAAGACCACGAACGGAUCGGAUACCAGGUCACGGCAAUGAUAGGUCACACCAACGUAGUGGUUCCGAGAUCCAAACCUUUGAUGCUAAUAGCUCCCAAACCCCAGGAUAAAAAGCCUAUGGGACUCCCUCAGAGGAUGGGUGCCCUCUCUGCUGGCAGUGUCCGCUCGCUCUCGUCACAGCAGAUGAUGAACAGACUCACUAUACCAAAGCCCACGUUAAAUUCUGCGGGAGUCAAUAUGAUGUCAAAUGUUCACCUACAGCAGAACAAUUACGGGGUUAAAUCAGUCCCCCCCAGUUACGUUGGUCAGCCAGGGGGGAGGCUCAGCCUCAGUGGCAAUGCACCUGUUUCUCUUUCCCAACAAUCACAAAGCAUGAAACAGUUUUCAGCGAGUGGCAAUGGAAGGCCUUACACUCUGGGAGGGGAGCAGAGGUCCCAGGCCUCAGCCAGGUACUCGCUGCAGUCUGCCAACUCCUCCUCGCUGUCCUCGGCGCAGCUCAAACAGACGUCGCUGUCGCAGUCCCAGGCAGCAUCCAGAGCUCUGGGUCAGUCUGGCUCCAAAUCCCCCGUGGCUGCUACAGGUCCUUCCGCUGUCAACACCUCGUCCACGCAGAAGUGGAAAAUCUGUACAAUCUGCAAUGAGCUGUUCCCUGAAAAUGUGUACAGUGUCCACUUUGAGAAGGAGCACAAGGCCGAGAAGGUGCCUGCGGUGGCCAACUACAUCAUGAAAAUCCACAACUUCACGAGCAAAUGUCUCUACUGUAACCGCUACCUGCCCACGGACACGCUGCUCAAUCACAUGCUGAUCCACGGGCUGUCCUGCCCCUACUGCCGCUCCACCUUCAACGACGUGGAGAAGAUGGCUGCCCACAUGCGCAUGGUGCACGUGGACGAGGAGAUGGGACCUAAAACUGACUCCACCCUGACCUUUGAUUUGACAUUGCAGCAGGGCAGCCACACGAACAUACACCUCCUUGUCACCACCUACAACCUGCGGGAUGCUCCUGCCGAAUCCGUAGCUUACCACGCUCAGAACACUCCCCCUGUCCCGCCAAAACCACAGCCCAAAAUCCAGGAGAAAUCUGACGUACCCGUCAAAAGUUCUCCACAAGCAGCAGUGCCCUACAAAAAAGACGUGGGGAAAACUCUGUGUCCUCUGUGCUUUUCAAUCCUAAAAGGCCCCAUCUCUGACGCGCUGGCACAUCACCUCCGGGAGAGGCACCAGGUGAUUCAGACGGUUCACCCCGUGGAGAAGAAGCUGACCUACAAGUGCAUCCACUGCCUGGGCGUGUACACGAGCAACAUGACGGCCUCCACCAUAACGCUGCACCUGGUGCACUGCAGGGGCGUGGGCAAGACCCAGAACGGGCAGGACAAGGGGACAUCGUCCCGGCUGGGCCAGUCCCCGUCGGCCGCGCCGGUGAAACGCGCCUACGAACACAUGGAGUUCCCCCUGAUGAAGAAGAGGAAGAUGGACGACGAUGACUCCCCCUCUGCCUUUGAGGAGAAGCCUGAAGAACCUGUAGUCCUAGCACUGGACCCCAAGGGUCACGAAGAUGAUUCAUACGAAGCCAGGAAAACAUUUCUUACAAAAUAUUUCAAUAAGCAGCCCUACCCCACUCGGAGGGAGAUCGAAAAGCUGGCGGCCAGUUUGUGGCUCUGGAAAUCUGACAUUGCAUCUCACUUCAGCAACAAAAGGAAGAAAUGUGUUAGGGAUUGUGAAAAAUACAAACCCGGGGUGCUGCUGGGCUUCAACAUGAAAGAGCUGAACAAAGUCAAACACGAGAUGGAUUUUGAUGCUGAAUGGCUGUUUGAAAACCACGACGAGAAGAAUUCCAGAAUCAAUGUCAGUAAGACUGUUGAUAAAAAAAUCAACUUAGAAAAAGACAAUGACAGUUCCUCAGACAGCUACGAAAACCUAGAGGAGGAAUACGGCGAAAGCCGCAGUCCCUUUGGCCAGCACGUCUCUGACGUGGGUGGGAAGCCCUCGUCCGACAGCACGGUGCAGAACCCCCAGGACAGCCUAGCCAAGGAAAUCAUGGAGGAAAACACGUUACAGCCUCCAGAGAAGGCUGAGCAAAAACAAGAGGAAAGCUCUAAAUACGAAGAGAUGAUUGCUGCUGAAGAGCCAACAAAACUGGUAGGUGACGUUUCAGAUAGCGAAGGUGAUCAGGAUGACCAGGAUGAUGCAGUGGAAUGGAAAGAUGGAGCUUCCCAGUCUGAAAGCGGGCCUGGCUCCCAGCAGGUUUCGGAUUUUGAAGAUAAUGCCUUGGAGGUAAAACCAGAAGUGUGGACAGAUGAAUCUUCCCAAAGCGAAGAUGCCGGGAGCAGUAAACCCACUGUGGAGGCCAAAGGGGGUGGAUCUGAAAGUGAUGAAGAACAGUCAAAGUGGAAGAAUCGUUCCUAUGGAAAAGUAGAAGGGUUUUGGUCCAAGGACCAGUCGCAAUGGAAAAACACCUCCGAGCUGGAGGAGAGCCUGGCCAGCGAGCAGAUGGAGUGGCAGAGCAGCACAAUGGACAGCGAGGACGGCGAGGGCUUCGGGGCCGUGGGGGCCGAGCCCAUGCACGGCAGCCUGCCCGGGGUGGAGCUCAGCAGCCAGCAGGCGUGAGCGGCUCUGCCCUGCUGGGCACUGCUCCCCUGCCAGCUGCUCCUGCCCUGGGCACUGCUGGGCACUGCUCCCCUGCCAACUGCUCCUGCCCCGGGGCAUGGCCGGGCACUGCUGGGCACUGCUCUCCUGCCAACUGCUCCUGCCCCGGGGCAUGGCCGGGCACUGCUGGGCACUGCUCCCCUGCCAGCUGCUCCUGCCCCAGGCACUGCUGGGCACUGCUGCCAGCUGCUCCUGCCCUGGGCCCUGCCAUGGCACUGCUCCCCUGCCAGCUGCUCCUGCCCCGGGGCACGGCCGGGCCGGGGCCGUGUACAGACCUGCUGGCCAAGGGGCUGGGAGCUCCUGCUGGGAUGAGCACAGUAGCUUAAUGUGAAAAUGGAUACGCUGGUGGCUCCAGAAUGCACACAGAGAAAAGCAGAGGAUUAUUUUAUCUGCAUUUUCAACCCUCCUUUCACCUUGUCCAUGUUGAGUUGUGUCUUUCCAAGAGGCCCCUGUCCGGUAGCGCCGUGCCAGUGACCCGGUGCCCUGUAUAGCAGACUCUGGGGAAAUGGAGUUUUCAUGUAUCAUUCUGAAUAGUUGAAAUGUAUAUUUGUACAGUCUUUUAGACCUAUUCAAGUGAAGCUUAUGGAACUGUUCUUGUGUACCCAUCAUAGAUCUGUUUCUCUUUUUUAGUGUUGCCCUGCUGUGUAAUAAAUGCUGUAUCUAGUUUCCCUAGCAAAGCUUGAGACUGCUCUAGUAUGAAUUUUGACAGACUUAGUUUUUGCACAUAACCUUGUACAAUCUCCAACCAGAGGCCAGCAACAUAAGAAUAUAUCUGGGCUCUGUUGUAUUAUAGAAUUUUCUUGUUCUGAAUAUCCUUGACAUGACAACUGAUGACAAACAUAUUUCAGAGCCAUUUUCUGAAAUCUUUUAAGCUAAAAAAGAAAAAUCACAUGCAAGAAACAAGUUUGCAGCUACUAAUUUUGACACCUUUUAGAUCUGUAUAAAAGUGUAUUGUGUUGAAGCAGCACACUGAGACAAAGUGCUGGGUUUGGAUAUUUAGUUUUAUCUUUAGUUAACACCAACAAGGUGUUGUAUUCAUUUAUACCAUCUAAUAUAUGACACACUGUUGUAGUAUGUAUAAUUUUGUGAUCUUUAUUUCCCUUUGUAUUCUUCAUUUAAGCAUCUAAAUAAAUUGCUGUAUUGUGCUUAAUGUAAA